UUCUGACUCCAUCCCCCUCUCUUCUUCCCCAUUCUUUUUCUUUCUGUCUUAAACCUCCAAAACCCCUCCAACCCACACACAAAGACAGCAAGCACACACAGAGAGAGAGAGAGAGAGAGAAACGACCUAAUACGUAUGCAUCUAUAUCUACGCCUAUAUUAGAUAUAUACGCAGAUAUAAUUGCUUGUUUUCGUUCACUGAUCAAUUUGUUGCUGCUUUGAUUUGCUAUAACUGAGGACAAAACUUGGUGAUGGCUUCUAGGGCAAUUUUGAGGAGGAGAAAGAUUCUUUCUGAUUACUUGAAUGCCCCUGUUCGUUCUAUUCAAAGUGUCCAAACCUUGAUUCAAGGGCAAUCUUAUCAGUGCUUUGACUCUCGUGGUUAUACAACAAUCACAGACCACGUUUCUGUAACUUUUGAUCAAUUGAGAGAGAAUAAUGAAGCUUCAUCUUUGUGCAAGAUCCCACUGGAUUGCUCAACCUUUGGUGUCUGUGGGCGUAAAGCUUAUGGAAUCACAUCAUUCAGUUAUGGAAAUAGAAGGACUGAUUUCAAUAGUCUGAUGUGUGUUAAGUUGAUGUCACAACCUAAACGUUAUGCUUCCACAGCAACUGCAAAGCAGCCUGAUUUGGGAAGUGAUGAUGAUAACGAGGAAAUUGCUGCAGCAAAGAGAAAGGAAGCUUCCCCAGAAGAAUGUGAUCAAGCUGUUGUGGGUCUGAGCACUGCAAAGGCAAAAGCAAAAGCUAAACAGCUGCAAGAAUCUCAGAGCUUUUAUAUGCCUAUUUUGAAGAAACUCUGGGCCACAUUUCUAGGUAUUGGCCCGGCUCUAAGAGCUGUAGCUUCCAUGAGCAGGGAAGACUGGGCCAAGAAACUUAGGCACUGGAAAAAUGAGUUUGUAUCCACAUUGCAGCAUUACUGGUUGGGUAGUAAGCUUCUGUGGGCGGAUGUGAGGAUCAGUUCGAGAUUAUUGCUGAAACUUGCUGGUGGAAAGAGUCUCUCCAGAAGGGAGAGGCAACAACUUACAAGAACUACUGCUGAUGUUUUUAGGCUAGUUCCAUUUGCUGUUUUUGUCAUUGUUCCCUUCAUGGAAUUCUUGUUGCCUGUGUUCCUCAAGCUCUUCCCAAACAUGCUACCAUCAACCUUCCAGGACAAGAUGAAAGAAGAGGAAGCAUUAAAACGGAGGUUGAUUGCCAAGAUAGAAUAUGCGAAGUUUCUUCAGGAUACAGUCAAAGAAAUGGCAAAAGAAGUCCAAAAUUCUCGGAGUGGAGAAACUAAGAAGACGGCUGAGGACCUUGACGAGUUUCUGAACAGGGUUAGAACUGGUGCACGUGUCUCAAAUGAGGAAAUUUUAGGAUUUGCUAAGUUGUUCAAUGAUGAACUCACGCUAGAUAAUAUCAGCAGGCCUCGCCUAGUGAAUAUGUGCAAGUAUAUGGGAAUCACCCCUAUCGGAACGGAUGCUUAUUUGCGAUAUAUGCUACGAAAAAGAUUGCAAAGGAUAAAGGAAGACGACAGAUUGAUUCAAGCGGAGGGCGUGGAGUCUCUAUCAGAGGCUGAGCUUCGUGAAGAUUGUAGAGAGAGGGGUAUGCUUGGAGUACUUUCAGUGGAGGAAAUGCGGCAACAGCUGCGAGAUUGGCUGGAUUUAUCUCUGAAUCACUCUGUUCCAUCUUCUCUUUUGAUACUUUCCAGAGCCUUCACAGUAUCAGGAAAGUUGAGGCCUGAGGAAGCAGUUCGAGCUACAUUGUCUUCGCUUCCAGAUGAGGUUGUAGACACUGUGGGCGUUACAUCAUUGCCAUCUGAAGAUUCUGUGUCAGAGAGGAGGAGGAAGUUGGACUUCCUUGAAAUGCAGGAAGAACUUAUCAAGGAGGAGGAAGAAAAAGAGGAAGACCAACUAGCCAGGAAAAAAGAAUCAGGUGGUGCUGAGGUUGAUGUGGCUUUGAAAGAAAUGACCAUUCCUACUGCAGGAGAAGCACAACAACAAGCUAGAGCAAGAGCUCUGGAUAAACAUGAACAGCUUUGUGAACUUAGUCGUGCAUUGGCUGUUUUAGCUUCUGCCUCUUCAGUGAGCAGGGAACGCGAAGAAUUCCUAAGGCUCGUCAACAAAGAGAUUGAGUUUUACAAUAGCAUGGUGGAUAAGGAUGUAACAGAUAGUGAAUUGGAGGCUAUGAAGGCAUAUAAAGCUGCCCGUGAUGAAAGUGAGGAUGGUGCUGAAGUUCCCAAGCACAACAUGGUUUCAUCUGCUCUCAUAGAUAGGGUUGAUGCUAUGCUUCAAAACCUUGAGAAAGAAAUUGAUGACGUGGAUGCGAAAAUUGGUGAUCAAUGGAGAAUACUUGACAGAGAUUAUGAUGGUAAAGUGACUCCUGAAGAGGUGGCAGCCGCUGGUAUGUACUUGAAGGACACUUUAGGCAAAGAGGGGGUGCAGGAACUAAUCAGCAAUCUUUCCAAAGAUGCAGACGGAAAGAUACUUGUUGAAGACAUUGUUAGAUUGGGUAGUCGGGUGGAAGACCGCAGCACAGCUGAAUCUGAGAAAAUGUAGAGGACAGAAAUAGCAUAAUGUAUUGCCUUACUUUAGCAGUACUGGUGUAGCUUAGUCAGUUCAUGAAAGGUUGGCAUCCCACAUUUGGGCGCAAUUUGAAGUUCUUUUACUUGCUUGGGUACAACCGUCAGUUUGUUUUUCAAGAGCUGAGUGGCGUACCUUCACCCAAAUCCUUUCCUUGUUCUGGCGUGAAAAGUGAUCUUGAAAUAUCAGUAGUGGUACACUGAUGGGUGUGAAUUUCGAGUUGCGUAAGAAUAAAUUUCGAUAGAUGAAAACAAAGCAUCUGUAUAAAAGGAAUCUUUCAGUUGGAGUGCAAGUACAUGUAUAGAAAUCGUAUCUUAUUGAAAUGUAUUCUUUACCUCUUGUAUCCUGAAUUUGACAGCCUAUUAAUUUAUUUCUAAAAUGUUCUGCUUUUCUUUUCUAA